AUGCGGGCAGCGCAGCUUCUCCCCGUCGCGCUGACGCUCUGGUGCGCGCUGUGCGUUCGCUCCUCCUCAGUGCCACGCGGGACAAACACGCAAAACUACAAAGGAUCCGCGGCGUGGCUAGAGAAGACCCCUCACCAUGAUCUGAAGAAGAGAGUAAGACUGACACAGGCUCAAGACACCCUGAAGGAAGACUUGGGCUUGAAGAGAAGGCAGUCCCACUCAGCCCUGCCCAAGAAUGGAAAUGAGUUCUGGAACAGGCGACGGUGUGGGGUGCCUGACCAUCCCUUACAGAAGAUAGGCGCCACCUUCCACCAGUCGGGCCAGAGAAGAAACCAGCAUGCUGGGCAGAACCGACGCAAACGCUUUGUGCUGGCUGGAGGUCGCUGGGACAAGACUGACCUCACCUACAAGAUCAUACGACCCCCUUGGCAAAUGAGUUUGGAGGAAGUGAGAAAAGUGUUCCAGGACGCGUUGCGGGUCUGGAGUAACGUCACUCCCCUCACCUUCACCGAGGUCAGAAGUGGGAGAGCCGACAUCAACAUCGACUUCACCAGGUACUGGCACGGGGACAACCUGCCUUUUGAUGGCCCCGGAGGAAUCUUGGCCCACGCCUUCUUCCCCAAGAGCCACCGGGAGGGGGACAUCCACUUCGAUUAUGAUGAGACCUGGACCCUGGGUAACAACAUGGGCACGGACCUGCUGCAGGUUGCAGCUCACGAAUUCGGCCACGUUCUAGGGCUGCAGCACUCGCUGGUGUACGGGGCACUGAUGUCACCCUUCUACAGCUUCUCCUACCCCCUACAGCUCAGCAACGAUGAUAAGAAGGGCAUCCAGUAUCUGUAUGGACCCAUGAGGUCCCCCACAAGGCCCCCAGUGAGGCCCACGGAGACCAAUGAGAUCAUUAGUACAGUGCCCGAUGCUUGUCACACGGACUUCGAUGCAGUGUCCAUGAUCCGGGGCGAGCUGUUUUUCUUCAAGUCAGGCUACGUGUGGCGUAUCCGUGAUGGGAAGCUGCAGGUGGGAUAUCCUGCAUUAGCCUCCCGGCACUGGAGGGGUAUUCCGGACAAUGUCGAUGCAGCCUUUGAGGACAGGGCCGGGAACAUCUGGUUCUUCCAAGGGCAGAGUUACUGGGUGUACGACGCAGAGAGGCAGAUCACGGGGCCUGAUCCAGUGCAGAAGCUAGGCUUCCCCGUCACAGACGUCCAGGCCGCCCUGAUGUGGGGCAUGGACAACACCCAGAAAGUCUACUUCUUCAAGGAAGGCAGAUACUGGCGCUUCAACCCCAGGGAGAACCGCGUGGAGUCGAGCCACGCCCGCAGCAUGGCCGACUGGAGGGGAAUUCCCGAUGACAUCGACGCCGCCUUCCAAGAUCGCUACGGCUUUGCCCACUUCCUGAAAGGCAAUCUGUACUGGAAGUUUGACUCAGUGGAGGUGCGGGUGCUGGAGGGCUACCCACGAUUCAUCGGCAUGGACUUCUUCAGAUGCUCUCCCUCUGUCUAUCAAUAA